AUGUUGGAACUUGAAGGCGACGACAAGGCAAUGGCUAGAAAGAUUUACCUUGUUAACAACGCCUUGGACGAGAUAGGGUUCACCUGGUUCCAUGUUAAAUGCUUUGUCGUUGCUGGCUAUGGUUAUGUUGCAGAUUCUCUCUUGGGUAUGGCCCAGUCGACUGUUGCAACUUACGUGAAUUUGCAAUUCAACCAAACAUAUCCCUUGAGCACACAAGUUCUCUACAUUGGCCUCUUUUCGGGAUGUGUCUUCUGGGGGUUGAGUGGUGAUAUCAUUGGAAGAAAGCUUGCUUUCAACUUGACCCUAUUCCUCUGUGCCAUCUUAAGUUUUCUUGUUGGUGCCAUGAGCAGUUUCCCCAUGUAUUGUUUCAUGUUGGCGAUUAGUUCAUUUGCUCUAGGCGGUAACUUAGCUAUUGAUGCUACAGUGUUUUUGGAGUUCUUGCCAUUCAACUACCAGUGGUUGACGACUUUCUUUGCCUGUUGGUGGUCUCUUGGCCAAGCAGUUGGAUAUGGUGUGGCUUAUGCCUUUGUUGUUCCAGAAAAGUGGCAUUGCACCAGUGCCGAUAACUGUCCCUCUGAAAGUAACAGAGGAUGGAGGUAUGUGUGGUAUGUCGAUGCAGGUAUAGUAUUCUUCUUUGCCGUUAUCAGAUUGAUGCUCAAGUUAGAAGAAACCCCAAAGUUCUUGGUAACCAACAACAGGGAUGCUGAAUGUGUAGAGCAGUUGCAGGCAAUUGCUAAGAAGUACAACAGAACUUGUUCCUUGACCUUAGAAGACUUGCAGGCUUGUGGUGAAGUAAAGAAAAAUGACUUUAAGAUGAGCGACCCUAAGUUGAAGGACUUCUUCAGCAGUAGUAUAAAAAAUAGUAAAGCAUUGUUCAGCACUAAGAAGAUGAGCAUUAACACCUUGAUGUUAUUCAUGUCUUGGUUUGGUAUUGGUAUCGCUUAUCCACUUUGGGGUACUUUUUUGCCAGUUUACAUUGCUUCUAAAGGUGGUCAUACCUCUGCCGACGACGCUGCUGGUGUUUAUGGCGAUGCUUUGCUCUCCACUUGUUUGUCUUUCUUUGGUCCAGUAAUUGGUGGUCUUCUCAUUUUAAUUCCUCGGGUAGGAAGAAGAGGUACUCUUUGUAUUGGUGGUAUAACUUCUAUGAUCUUUUUUAUGGCUUAUACGACAGUUAGAACAAGACCAGGUGCUCUCGGUUUCUCAACAGCAGCCUACAUCUGCAUCUAUAUCUACUACGGAUGUCUCUACGGUUACACACCAGAAUGUCUUCCAAGUUACUGCAGAGCUACUGGCUCCGGGUUGGCAUUUGUCUUCAACAGAAUAGCGGGCCUCAUUGUCCCAGUGAUUGCUUAUUACGCUAAACCUACCACUAGUGUACCAAUUUGGGUGUGUGCUUCUUUCAUUGGUCUAAUUGGAAUUGGCUCCUUGUUUUUUCCAUUCGAGCCUUCAAGACAAAGAUCUGUCUAA